UGCAUUUCGUUCUGGUCUUGUGAAAGAUCUACGAGUCCACAAACUCUUCUCCACCUCACGGGCCUCCCCACCCUCGUGGAUGUCGAGACCACUGCACGAUGGGCCACUUUGACUCUCCGGGACCCUACGGGGUGCAGCUCCGGGGUCCCGGCCUCUUCGGCACCUGCUACAUUGCGUAGGACUCCAAGGUGUGGAUACUUCACUGUCGUCCCUCCGCCCCCACAACCGCAAAAUAGCGGGAGGCCACGCACCGGCCCGAGAACUGAGCGGCUCGCUAUCACCCAGCCCUGAUCUGUAGUAAGCGACCUGAGCAACGCGCGUGCGCACUCCGCCUGUCGCGGACGAGAGAAAGGGCUCCAACGCUCCUGGGUUUGCAACCGAAGGGCUCGGGAGGGCCAAAAAUCUUCCGCGUGCAGCUCGCGGGCGCAGGCGCUAGCGGACUGCAGCUAAGACAAGGCGGCAAGGCCCUGGAGCCACCCGCUGGUCGCCGCCCAGGGGUGGUCCCUGCGAGGCGGAAGGCGCGGCCCGGGCGCCCGCCCGAUGGGGCGGGAGGGGGGCGGGUCGCUGCUGCGUCCCCGCCCCGCGCUCGGGCCGGGCCGGGAGGGUCCCCGGGCGUGCGGCCGGGCCAGCGGCUGUGGUUCUCCGGGCAGACGCAGCGUCAUGCGCAGCCCCCCUGGCAGGGCGCUGCUGCUGAUUACGUGCCGGGGACCGGCCGUGCGUGCGUGGGCCCCGGCAGUGUCCUGUAGGACGUGGCUGGCUUCUGAGUGGAACCCGCUCGUACGCGCGUGGACGUCUCGAAUCCAUGAGCCGUCCCCGGGCCUCCGCUUUCCCGCGCCCCUCUCCCGGCUGCCUGGCGGCGUGGGGCGAUGGGCCACAUCCUCAGCGGCCUGCAGGUGCUGGGUACUGGCAGGAUCCCGCGGCGCGCGUCCCCUGUUCGCCAGGUUCCAGGGAAUUCCAGCGGCAGCCACCGGUGUGCGAGACCUUGGGGAUGACUCCCGGCGGCGGCCCGCGGCGCCACGGCGCUCAGAAGUGUGGAAGCUCCUGGGGCUUGUGCACCCUGAGCGCGGGAAGCUGUCAGCUGCCGUAGGGUUUCUUGCCGUGUCCAGUGUUGUCACCAUGUCCGCCCCUUUCUUCCUGGGGAAGAUCAUUGAUGUCAUUUACACCAACCCGAGUGGGGACUUUGGUGAGAGCCUGACUCGCCUCUGUGCCGGACUCACUUGUGUGUUCCUCUGCGGUGCUGCUGCGAAUGCCGUUCGUGUCUACCUCAUGCAGUCUUCAGGUCAGAGCAUUGUGAACAGGCUACGCACCUCACUCUUCUCCUCUGUCCUAAAGCAAGAGGUUGCUUUCUUUGAUAAGACCCGCACAGGAGAAUUGAUUAACCGCCUCUCCUCAGACACUGCACUCCUGGGGCGCUCAGUGACUGAAAACCUCUCUGACGGACUGAGGGCUGGGGCCCAGGCCUCGGUUGGUGUUGGCAUGAUGUUUUUUGUGUCACCCAGUCUGGCCACCUUUGUUCUGAGCGUGGUACCUCCGAUCUCUAUCCUCGCCGUGAUUUAUGGGCGAUAUCUACGGAAACUGUCCAAAGCCACACAGGACUCUUUGGCACAAGCCACACAGCUAGCUGAGGAACGUAUUGGGAACAUAAGAACCAUCCGAGCUUUUGGGAAGGAGAUGAUGGAAGUGGAAAAGUACAGCGGUCACGUGGACCAGUUGCUGCAGCUAGCACGGAAGGAGGCCUUUGCACGAGCUGGCUUCUUCGGAGCAGCUGGGCUGUCUGGAAACCUGAUUGUGCUGUCUGUCCUGUACAAGGGGGGCCUGCUGAUGGGCAGUGCCCACAUGACAGUGGGCGAGCUCUCUUCCUUCCUCAUGUACGCCUUCUGGGUUGGACUGAGCAUUGGAGGUCUAAGUUCAUUCUACUCGGAACUCAUGAAAGGCCUGGGCGCUGGUGGGCGACUCUGGGAGCUGCUGGAGAGACAGCCACAAAUGCCUUUUAAUGAGGGGACUGUAUUAGAUGAGAAAAGCUUCCAGGGUGCUCUGGAGUUUAGAAACGUGCACUUCACGUACCCUGCUCGUCCAGAAGUAUCCGUGUUCCAGGAUUUCAGCCUUUCCAUCCCAUCUGGAUCUGUCACAGCUCUGGUUGGCCCUAGUGGUUCCGGAAAAUCGACAGUGGUCUCCCUCCUGCUGCGGUUGUAUGACCCUGUGUCUGGAACAGUCAGUCUUGAUGGCCAUGACAUUCGUCAGCUAAACCCCGUCUGGCUGAGAUCUAAGAUUGGGACGGUCAGUCAGGAGCCAGUCCUGUUUUCCUGCUCUGUCGCAGAAAACAUUGCCUAUGGUGCUGACAACCCGUCCUCAGUCACAGCCCAGCAGGUGGAGAGGGCAGCAGAGGUGGCCAAUGCUGCGGAAUUCAUUCGUAGCUUCCCACAGGGCUUCAACACUGUGGUCGGGGAGAAGGGCAUCCUUCUAUCUGGUGGGCAGAAACAAAGGAUCGCAAUAGCCAGGGCCCUGCUGAAGAACCCCAAAAUUCUUCUCCUUGAUGAGGCGACCAGUGCCCUUGAUGCUGAGAACGAGUAUCUGGUACAGGAAGCACUUGACAGGCUGAUGGAAGGAAGGACAGUGUUGAUCAUAGCCCACCGUUUGUCCACCAUUAAGAAUGCCAAUUUUGUUGCUGUCCUUGACCAAGGAAAAAUCAGUGAACAUGGGACACAUGAAGAGCUGCUUUUGAAGCCCAAUGGGCUUUACAGAAAACUAAUGAACAAACAGAGUUUUAUGUCAGUAUAAUGGAGAGUCCCUGGAGCUGCCACAGAAUCAGCCUAUAAUCCCAGCUAUCAGUAAACUGGAGCAGAAAGAUGGUGAAGACUUCAUCACGUACAUAGUAAGACCCUGUCUGAAAACAAACAAAAACAAAGCCGUAGGUACUGGUGGGUUGUCUGAGAGACUUAAAACCAAGCAGCAUUGGAGAAAACAGAGCUUAGGACUGUAUGAAACCUGUGGAUCAUACUUCAUUGAUUUGAGACAUGCCUAUUUUCACAAAGAAUGUAAAAUAUUGUUUUAACAUGUACCUAUCCUCUCUGACCUUAUUCAGUUUUAAAGUUGUAACUUUCUGAAUGUCUGAAUCCCAGAGGUUGCCGCAGGUCUUGGGAUGUUUGCUAGCUUGGCACAGCAUGUCAUUUCCUUUGCCUGCUGCCAGAGUCAAGCUGUUGUCAGGUGGCGGCUUUAAAAAGGGAACUAUAAACUAAAGACGUGCGGACUUGAA